GCCGAGUUCUUUCAUCUCAGUGGGCUUGCGGUACAUAAAGCCCUCGCCUCUUCCUCGCGGCAAUCCCGUUUCUGCCUCGCUUUCUGCUUUCUCGCCCGAGCCCAUCCCACCCCGUCCCUUCAGGACUACCAUACGCUUCUACUGUCGCCAAUCCUCGCUUACUGCGCGGCAAGCGUUUCCUUACGUUUUGACUUUUUGACGCAAGCGCGCGCCUACACGUUCACGUUCACCUUUACCGAGCGCUUCAGUGCUGUAUUACCACACACGAAGUCUAAACCAACGGAUCAAGCCACGAUGCACGCUACGACUUCCUUUCUGCUCCCUUCGUCCCUGGUCCUGUUCCUCCUGUGUGGACGGCUCGGGUCGGUCGACGCUCGAGCGUAUUGUAACCUCAAAUCUCCGCAGGCCGUAUUCUCGACUGGCGGCGGGACCUCGCCCUCGGGGUCGGGUGGCGGUGGCGGUGGCUCAGGAGGGGGCGGAUCGGGAGGUGGAGGAACGGGGUCGGGUGGGGGAGAUGGAGGGGGGAGCGGGAGUGGAGGAGGCGGGGUGUGCGCGGAGGACCGCGUGUUUUCGACGUGGUAUGCGGGCUGGCACGCGGACGAGUUUCCGCCGGACAAGGUCAGCUGGGACAAGUACACGCACGUCACGUACUCGUUUGCAACGACGACGGAUAACUCAUGGGAUCCGCUAUCGCUCGCUGACUCAGACGCGAAGCUGUUACCAACGUUCGUAUCCGAAGCGCAUAAGAGUGGCGUAAAAGCGAUUCUAUCCCUCGGCGGCUGGGGCGGAUCACAGUUCUUCUCGACCGCGAUGGGUUCCGCGCAGAACCGGACGCGCUUCGUGCAAGAGCUUCUGGAGAUCGUCUCUGAGUACGACCUGGACGGCGUUGACUUCGACUGGGAGUACCCCGGCCGCCAAGGAGAAGGCGAUAACACCGUCUCGUCCUCGGAUGCGAGCAACUUCCUCACGACGCUCCGCCUCCUGCGCACGGCGCCGUUGGCGGCCAACAUGACCGUCAGCGCCGCUGUCUCCCUCACGCCCUUCGCUGGGUCGGACGGUAGCCCGAUGGACGAUGUAUCGAAGUUCGCCGAGGUGCUGGACUACAUCGAAAUCAUGAACUACGACGUCUGGGGCACCUGGCUCGACGCCGGCCCCGGUCCGAACGCCCCGCUGAACGACACCUGCACCACCGACGGCCAAGGCUCGGCCGUCUCCGCGCUCGCAGCCUGGACGCGUGCCCAGUUCCCCGCGGAGCAGAUCGUGCUCGGCGUCGCGUCCUACGGACGGUCCUACAAUGUCACACCGACCUCGGCCGAGCUCACCCAGGCCAAGUCCGCCGGGGAGGGCGUCGUGCGAUGCCCGACGUUCGACAAGGACGUGGCGAGCCAGAUGGGGAGCGGGGAUAGUAACGGGUGGGACGGGAACGAUGGCGGGGAGGACCAGUGCGGGGGGAGUAUACCCGUCGAUGGAAUAUGGGACUUUUGGGGGUUGAUCACCGGCGGACUGUUGGAUGGAAACGGGACGGCGGCGGAGGGAAUGUUGUAUACGUUCGAUAACUGCUCGCAGACGCCGUACAUCUACUCGCCUGCGUCCUGGGUGCAAGUAUCGUACGACGACGCGCGCUCGUUCGACGCCAAGGGGCAAUUCAUUGCGGAGCAGGGUCUUCUAGGCUUCGCCAUGUGGGAAGCUGGAGGAGAUUACAACGACAUCCUCUUGGACUCCAUCCGGACCGCCAUCGUGACCCGGGAGACGUGUUGAGCUCAACACGGCCCCUCUCUCAUUCCUUUACCGUCAAGUUCAAGAAGGUCGUCGAGGUCCCCACUCGUGACAGCUCCCGAGGGAACGACUCUUGCCUAACUGGCAACGUCGCUCAAGAGCGUCCCUGUCGCCCACUUCUGAACCAUAGGUUCUUCAUCGACGUCCUCGACCUGAUGCUCACGGGGAUCAAGCCAAGAAAAUAUGGUCAGCUGGGCUGUAUAUGGUGUAAACUACCGUGGGGUUGAAUGGUCUCGCGGGGGUGUAGCCUCGACUCGCGGUGAGCAUCGAGCAGGACAUGUAUCAAUUUUUGUUAGGGUAUAUAUGGUUGUAUGUAUUGGUAGUGUGUCGCGGGUAGGACGGUCGGAAUACAAGAAGUUUGAC